AUGAAGUCUAGAUUUGGAGUCUCAUCCAACAUUCAAUCUCAUGUUGCCAAUUGCAGCUCUGCUCUCUUCUUCUUCUUCUCCUUCUCCACUCACUCUCCUUCACUAGCAAAGUCCACGGCAAAAACUACGAAACCAACUUCAACCAAAACAACCAAAUCGUCACCAACUUCAUCGACUAAGAUAUCGAAGGCUUCCACCAAGACCUCAUCAGCAAAAACUGAAGAACCAACCAUCGACACAAAACCCAACAACAUCAUGACACGCGUCCUCUGCGUGGCUGAAAAGCCCUCCAUCGCCAAAGCAGUCGCCCAACACCUUUCCGGAGGCCAAUAUCAAACCGCGAACACCUCAGACAAAUACACCAAAAACUACUCCUUCACCUUCAACUUCGGCCCCGGCCUGGGCGACUCCAACGUAACCAUGACCGCCGUCCGCGGCCACCUCACCACCGCCGAAUUCCCCCCCACCUACAAAUCCUGGUCCCACCCACCCCCCGACUCCCUCUUCGACGCCCCCAUCACCACCGUCACAACCCCCGACUGCAAAGCCAUAGCCCGCAACAUCGAAACCCUCGCCCGGUCCUCCUCCGUCCUCAUCAUCUGGACCGACUGCGACCGCGAGGGGGAGCACAUCGGCUCCGAAAUCCGCGACGCCGCGCUCAAGGGGAACAGGAACAUCCAGGUCAGGCGAGCGCGGUUUUCAAACGUGGAGAGGGGGCACAUACUCAGCGCGGCGAGGAGGUUGGUGGCGCUGGAUCAGCGGCAGGUUGAUGCCGUGGCGGCGAGGAUUGAGCUGGAUUUGAGGAUCGGGUUUGCUUUCACAAGGUUCUUGACGAAUAACCUGCGGGGGUUGGGGGGUCCGAUGGGGGAGUUGAUGAUCAGUUAUGGGUCUUGUCAGUUUCCCACUCUGGGGUUUGUCGUCGAUCGGUACUUUCGGGUCAAGAAUUUUGUUCCCGAGGCGUUUUGGAGUAUCAAGCUUGUUCACGAGAGGGAGGGGAUGAAGGUGAGCUUUGGCUGGGCGCGGAAUCGACUGUUUGAUCGGGCGGCGGUGACGAUUCUGUAUGAACGCUGCCUGAGGGCGAGGGAGGCGGUGGUGAAAAAGGUUCAGGAGAAGCCCACCAAAAAGUGGAAGCCUCUCCCGCUUACGACGGUGGAAUUACAAAAAAUGGCGACGAGGUUUUUGAGGAUGACGGGUCAGCAGGCUAUGACGGUGGCGGAGAAGCUGUACAACAAGGGGUUUAUCUCUUAUCCGAGGACGGAGACGGACAGGUUUGACAAGGGGAUGAACCUGAGGGGGUUGGUCGAGAAGCAGUUUCCUGAUGGGAGGUGGGGGGCUUUCGCGAGGGAGUUGAUUGAGGGGGGGAGGUUCAACCAGCCGAGGCAGGGGAAGAAUGAUGAUAAGGCUCAUCCGCCUAUCCACCCUAUCACCUGCGCGGCGCCGACGGUGCUGGAUGAGCAGGAGAGAAAGGUGUAUGAGUUGGUGGUGAGGAGGUUUUUGGCUUGUUGCUCGGAUGAUGCCAAGGGGAUGGCGACGGAUGUGGAGGUGGGGUAUGGGGAGGAGAUGUUUGCUGCGCAUGGGGUUAUUGUGCUGGAGAGGAAUUAUCUGGAUGUGUACCCCUACGAAAACUGGACGGGGACGGCCAUGUUGCCCAAGUUUGAGGUGGGGGAGAGGUUUGAGCCGACCGAGGCCAUGAUGACGGAGGGGAAGACGAGUCCGCCGAGUUACUUGACCGAGGCGGAUCUGAUUGCGUUGAUGGAUGCGAAUGGGAUUGGGACGGAUGCCACGAUGGCGGAGCACAUUGAGAAGAUUCAGGAGAGGCAAUAUGUGGUUACGGUGCCGAGGGGGGGAGUGGGAGGAGCUGGUGGUGCCGAGGAAGAUAAUGAGCCUCCUCCUGCUGCUGGGCGAGGCCGUGGGAGAGGAAGGGGGAGGGGUGGCCGAGCUGCUCGUGGCGGGAGAGGAGGGGCGAGAGGCGGUGGUGCUGGGGGAGGAGGGGGUGGUGAUGGUGUCAAGGAGUUUAUCCCGACCAGUCUCGGAGUUGCCCUUAUCAUGGGUUUCGACAGGAUGAGCUUCGAGAUCAGUCUUGGGAAGCCGUUUCUACGAAAGGAGACGGAGCUCAUGAUGAAAGCCAUCUGCGAGGGCAGGUCGACCAAGCAAGAGUUUCUGCAGAGCAACAUACACCAGUACAGGACAGUAUACCAUCAGUCCUCGGCGGAGCUCAAUACACUCAAAGCAGUGAGUUUGUUUACAUUUACUUGA